CGUCGACCUCGUCGUCAUCCAGUUAUGAGCAGCAGCAGCAGCAGCAGCAGCAGGGCCCUGGAACUUUGUCGUAUCGAGCACCAUUUGUCGUGUGAUACGAACAUUCUAUUUGCCGAGAAACACGAUCCGCGUUAGUCGGACUUGUCGACCGAAAGAGCAGAGAGAGCAGAGAAGAGGAAGAAUGGCGAGGAGAGGCGGCUACAUUAGGGCGAGUAGAUGAUGCUAGGGAGCACGACAACCUACGGGGGCAAACAGCCAAAGAGCAUACUGGAGGCCGAGAUCAUGCGUACCUACAAUUCUUCAGGUACGUACUGGCUUUGCUUGGCCAAGAGGACGAUCGUUCACACCAUUCGCACACAGCCGGUUCGUGAAAUCCAGACCAACCUGCGGGCGGCAGGGGCAGGCCUUUUCUCACCAGCCUAGGCGGCCGAAUCCGCAAUCCGUUGAAGUGGUCACUCGUCCAUGCCUGGGAUCGCUCCAAAAGAUACGUGCUUCUGUGAGUGGUCAUAAACCCCUGCAUUACGGUACCUUUUGUUGGUCAGACUGUGUACAGAUCCAGGACUCAGUUAUGGUAUCGCCCUUGUAUCGCACGGUGUGGGUCAUUCCCAUCUUUAUGUCUGAGUUCUGCGCUGCUGCUGCUGCGAGCUUGGUUUCUCGGGCCUACUCGAGCAGACGUGGGUCGAAGACCUCUGCUUCAGUCCGUCCAUUUCUGCCUUUUGAUCACCGCACAGUGCAGUGCAUAAGCGCGAAGGUUGUGAUGCAAUGGCAGAGGCCGGCUGAGGCAUUCCCUAUGGAUUCCUCACAUCACCUUCGUCCUGUCGAUGAUGAAAGUCUAGAUCUACAUCCUAACGGAUACCGAAACAGAAUGGUACAAAGUAGUACUGUGGCCUAGGUGGGGGGAGGGGUAACUGAAGAAGGAGAAGGAGGAGGAGGAGAAGAAGAAAGGACUCAUCAGGAAGUUGUUGUUUGGAGCAGAGUAUAGGAGGAAUUUGAACGCAACCAGAAAUAGAGGGAGUAAGACCAUCCAUCUUGAUCAGCCUUUCAGGUAGUCAAAAGGAUGAGUGGUCAUGAUCACUGAGCAUAAUUGGUAGCGUGUCGUACCUGUAAUUACAUCUGUUUGCCUUUUUCGGGUCAGUGUCGGAUUCCUCGAUGCUCUCAUGUCCUUAUCGGCCCAACUGGUACCGUUGUUCCCUCUUCUGAACACUAACCGUUUAACAGCGAUCCUGCUGAUCCACAUCUUGCAGUUGUGGAUCCUUUUUCGCCAAAUCGGCUUACAACAAUUCAACUGCAACUUCCAUCUCUUCCCGAAGCUACCACAAUAACUCCCCAUCAAUUGAUUCUCCUCACUACCUUGAACUGAGGGAACAUUGCAAAUUACAUUGCGCACUCGAAGGUGUCUGUAAUGUUCGAACAUCAUCAUGCGCACAGUCAGUAGUACUGACUCCGUUUGUGAAGCGAGAAUCACGGAUGUACAUGACCAGCUAAACACGAAGGUUCCACUCUCCUCUUAUAUGACGAGCAAACUUGGGCGGAGAGGCUUACGUCGAUGGAAAACGAUAUUGUUCUGUCUGUGUACUGGUCUCCUCAUGAAGCAGUCUAUUACUUACUUCAGACAUCUACAGUCAACAAACUCUUCACUUUGAUUCCAAGGACCGAAUGACAUAUACAUCCUGAGUUUAUCAAAUCGAUUGCUAGCAAUAGAAGGCAUGAAGGACACAAAUCUCCAGAAGAGGCAAGCAGCAUGCUUAUUAAUUGAAAGAUCUAAAAGAAUUGCACAAGUCCAGAGGGGUGGGCGUGGUGGAGCUCAAAGGACAUAGAGUUUACGUUAUGGAUGUUGCUGCAAGCAAGAAUGGGUGUUCCAGAGGUGUAACAUCUACUUACAGCCAGUACUUCAGAGAAGCUGUGGUUACAGAAAUACGCCUUGAAGUACAGAUCCCAUCUCGCGAAUAUAUGAGCUUCAGCGUUGAUUCGGAGCUUCGUAUGGGUACAACAAGUUCAUGGUCGAGUUAAUGUUUUCAUGGAGGAGAACAAUCACUGCUUGAAAUGUAAGAGGCAAGCAAUAGCAGGGUGUCAUGUGCCUCAAAAUGAGGUUUUGGAACAAAGUGAUGACUUGACUCGAAACUGGAAUCAAAGACACUGACCAUCCAAGCAUUUGCACUCACUCAUCGUGGGCAAUCAAUUCUCUUCUUCGGGCUCCUUGAAUCUCUCAGAUACAUGUAUGUGGGCACAAUAGACGACACUCAGACGUCGUUUUGCAUGCGAUGUCGCCUUCCUCAUCCCCAUAGCACUUGGAAUCGGCAAGUCAACAGCUCGCAACUUAAGAUCUUCGAAAUCUCUGAGGGAGAUAACCUUGUGGCCUUCAUGUCCUCUUCUUUUUCCGCCUUAUCCACCACAUUCUCCAUCAACUGCCGAACGAGCUCAUGUUCGCAGCCAUGUGGUUCGACUCCAAAAGCUUUGGAACGAACGAGUGUUCGAUCCUCGAUGUUAUAUUUGUGGGUUUCGUCAAGCUUUGUUUAUCUUCCAAAGCACGUGAUAAACAUAAAUUAGUAGUUUGACUAUGAAUGGAGCAAAACACUUGUCUUCGGCGCAAAUUUGGGUGUUUUGACUUUCGCAAGUUUAUCGGCCUUUGUAAAUCGUCUGCACAUGCACACCUCGUUCAAAGAUAGUAAGGAAAGCAGAUGUGCGUGCUCAUCACGUGGAGUUUGAUGGAAAGAUUAGCGAAGGUGGCAUUUGAUCUCACAUUCACGUUGCAAAUUGAAGGAGUAGUUUCCAGUUCCGACAUGGCAUCAUCGCACGAGAAAUGUAGCUUAACUCGAGCACCUAUGAUUGACGUGAGAAUACGGUGAACUGUCGAGCAGCUCACUGUGCCUGUGCCGAGAUGCUCUGCCAAAGAGGCCAAGGAUAAAUAUGUACUGCAUAUCGUUAUGUAGAAACUUGUGCAAAGGAACAUUACUGUACUUAAUUAGAUGCCGAAAAUAAUGUGGGGUUACUUGCGGAUUAUCAUUCCCGAGCAUCAGAGAGAGAACAUUUCGUGGGAUCGAGACUGCUGCGGCGGGAGCGGGUUCGAGAAGAGGAUUGAGGUUACCGGAUCCCACCAGAGUUAAUGGGAACUCGAACGAUGCCACCGACGUUGAAACCAACCAUUGAAACCAUGCGUAAGAUGGGAAGCCUCGACCUGUCAGAUGAAGAGCUUCAGUACAUAUGGUUCAUCAAGAACAGCGUGUAAGAGCAUGUCCAGUUUCUCGAAGACAUCAAAACACAGUCGCUGUCAUAAAUGGUGCAUAUUUAAACAGCAACAGGUAAGCGUGAUGGAUGUGAUGAAUGAGCUCAUUGGUGUGCGCCCGUCGCUUGCCGAGGGGAACUGGAAUGUGAAGUAGUGACGACGAGCGUAUAUUCACCGAACCGUUGCAUUGAUUGCCAGCAGACGGAAAAGCUGGAUCUUUUGUACCGACACGAGUAAAGUGACAAGGAGCUCAUCAUCUGGGGGCCUUGCGGGCACUCCGUCACGAGGGAUGGUCCAUGGUGCAUUUCCAUACAAGAAACCCGCAAAGGUGUGUCGACUUUCACUUUCUGAACUGAAUCACGAUCCAUGUGAGUCGGUACACCAUUUGCAUCCAUCAGCCCAAACUGCAUAUAGCAAAGGUUGAUGUCGAGUACAGUAACUAAUAGUAUUGCCUCCUCCGACUUACACCGUUGCCCAAAGUAAGAGUUGAAUGUACCUUAAUCCACACACUUGGAAGGAU